AUGGCGCCCCCACCGCUCCACCUCCCGCCCUACUUAGCCCCCACCUGGCCCUCCGGGCGCCCCCGUCCCGCGCCAUCAUUGAGAUCACCGUCCUCGCUCCACCCCUUCUCCGACCUCCUCACCGAGGCGCUCGGGGCCGAGAGCUUAGACCCCGACGACGUCGCCAUGGACGACGACGCCGCGGUCGAAGGCUGGGCCCAGUCUUGCAAGAGGCAGCAACACCACCUCCAGGAAGUCGACGACGAAGCCGACCAAGGGUUCGUGAUGCCGAGGCGGACGAGGAGCGGGAGGGCGUUCCCGCCGCCGAUAUCGGUGAUCGGCAAGGGCGGGCGGCCGUGGCUGACCCUCCGGGCGCACCGGGAGGACGGCCGGCUCGUGCUGCGGGAGAUGCGGCUGCCAUCGCAGGAGCUGCUCCAGUCAUGCAAGGAGGACGGGAGGUUCAAGCUGUUCAUGCACCCGGAGGCCGGUGGCCGAUGCGUCGCCGGCGCCGCGGGAUCACGCGCCACGACGGCCGUGGCGCAGGACUAG